UUCUCUGUGUGUUUUGCAGAACCGUGACAGAAUGGUGGACUGUAUGAAUAAAGUCAUGCUGCACACGGUCGUCUCAUGCUGGCAGCCAUUCCUUGGACUGGCACUUGUGGCUGCCUUUGUGGGCUCUACCUUGGGAUGUCCCUCACGCUGCGAGUGCUCAGCGCAGACCAAGGCAGUUGUCUGUCACCGCAAGCGAAUGCCCAGCAUCCCAGAUGGCAUCCCAACGGAGACCAGGAUCUUGGAUCUGAGUAAAAACAAGCUCACGAUGAUCAACCCUGAUGACUUUAUUGCCUUCCCCGGGCUGGAGGAACUUGACCUCAGCGGAAAUCUUAUCAGCUACGUUGAGCCUGGAGCUUUUAAUGCCUUGUUUAACAUGCACACACUCAGUCUUAAAAGCAAUCGAAUCAAGCUCAUCCCCCUGGGGGUCUUUACGGCGCUGACUAAUCUGACCCAACUGGAUAUAAGUGACAACAAGAUUGUCAUUCUUUUGGACUAUAUGUUCCAGGAUUUGCAUAAUCUGAGGUCUUUGGAAGUGGGUGACAAUGAUCUGGUUUAUAUUUCUCAUCGUGCAUUCAGUGGACUCCUAAGCUUAGAGGAAUUAACCUUAGAACGAUGCAACCUAACAGUUGUUCCCACCGAGGCCCUCUCACACCUGCACAACCUGGUCAGCCUUCAUCUUCGUUACCUCAGCAUCAGCACUUUGCACCCAUACUCAUUCAAAAAGUUGUUCCGGCUGCGGCAUUUGGAAAUCGAUAAUUGGCCUUCAUUAGACCACGUGCCAGCUAAUACCCUCCACGGCCUGAACCUGACAACGUUGUUUAUAACCAACACCAACUUGUCCUCCUUCCCUUAUCAAGCCCUGAAGCAUCUGCCCUACCUGACCCACCUGAACCUGUCCUACAACCGUAUCAGGCACAUCGAAGGAGGGAUGCUGAUGGAGCUGGUUCGGCUGCGAGAGUUGCAUCUCGUCGGAGCUCAGUUGACUGCUAUUGAACCCUUCGCCUUUCAAGGCCUGCGGGGUCUGAAAGUCCUGAAUGUUUCUCACAACCGUCUGGACACGCUGGAAAAGGGAGUGUUUCAGUCCCCUGAAGCUCUGGAAGUUCUUCUGAUUAACAACAACCCCUUGGUGUGUGACUGUCGUCUCAUGUGGAUCCUGCAGAAAAAGCACUCCAUCUUGUUCGGAGACUCCCAGCCAGAAUGCAGCACGCCCGAGGGGAUCCGUGGAAGGCCUUUUAAAGAGUUUAAGGAGGCUCUCCUGUCUUAUUAUGUAACGUGCACCAAGCCAAAAAUCCGCGAGAAUAAAACCCAAACGAUUACUGUGGAUGAGGGCCGGCAGGCGAUGCUGCGCUGCAGUGCUGAGGGGACACCAAGGCCAAGUGUGUCGUGGUUGUCCCCGCGUCGACGAGUACUGACGAGUCGGAACCACGGGAGACUGAUGGUGCAUAACAACGGUACAUUAGAGAUCAAGUCUGCAGAGAUACAAGACAGUGGAGUGUACCUUUGCCUUGCCUCCAACACUGCUGGAAAUGACACCCUGAUGGCUUCAUUGGCGGUGAAAAGUCUGGGAUCGCUGUACGCCAACAGGACCCAGCACUACACAGACCCCAACAACGCCACUGCCAAUGAAACGGCCAACAUCUCCCUCGGUUUGGACCUGAAGACUAUUUUGGUGUCCACGGCGAUGGGAUGUUUCACCUUUUUGGGAGUGGUCUUGUUUUGCUUCCUGCUCCUUUUUGUGUGGAGCAGAGGAAAAGGAAAACAUAAAAACAACAUCGAUGUUGAGUAUGUACCUCGGUCAAAGUCCAACGGUACCAAUGUCGAUUCAGCAGAGGGACAAGCUGGUCCUCGUCGUUUUAACAUGAAAAUGAUGUAAGUUAUAUAUACAUAAAUAUAUAUAUACAUAUAGACAGAUAAUGGACAGAGAGACGGAAGAAGACUGGAUUGUGGAAAUGCCUGAAGUAUAAAGUAUUUUUUUGAAAAUAGGAUGACUGAAAGCGGUCGUGAAACUUUUAAGAGUAUCCAAGAUAAUGGGACAUACUGUAAAUCACUGGAUUGUGACAUAAGAGCAGGAUACCAUGUUUCAGCUACGAAAAGCACAUUACACGUCUUACAAAACUGCCAGCUGGCAACUUCUCAGAUGAGGCAUGGAAACAGUUGUCGCCAUGGGGACCUAAAGGCAAAAGGUGUCACGUAUUAACUUUUUGAAAUUUGUAUGUACAAAAAUAAGCCCUUAGUUUUGGGUUGACUACAGACUCAUCUAAACAGUGUACAGUAUGAAUUUGUAUCUAAGCUAUUAACCUACUUUGUUUAGUCCUGCGCCAUGCUUAUUCACUGAACAAUGAAAGAGACCAUGAUUUCUUCUGUUCAGUCCUGUUUACUGAAUGCUUCAUCAUGUACCUGUGUGGAUACCCAUUCAACAGAACUAUUCAUAGCAAUAUUCAUGGGAUGCAUUGCCCAAAAUUGUAACCCCACAUGUUCAGCAAGAACACGUUUCCACUGAUUUAGGAAGGGCUUCUAUGGCUGAUUUUCUUUCCCUGUUCCCCCAAUUGCCACCUGGAUAAUAUGAAAUAUAUAGAAUUUACUAAUAAUAAUAUUUAUAAAAAAUGUUGAUAAUUUUGCAAAAGCCAAUGCUCUAACACUGUUCAGGGUCUAACAUGAACCUUUGAUCAUCCUGAAAAUGACCUAAUGCAGGUCAAAGUACAGACACAAACCACCUUUUUGUCCUAUUUUUGUCUUUUUUUUACUUUAACUGUAUCUUUGCUGGUUGACUAACUACAUGUGUCAAUUUUACAAAAGUGACAUUUGCAUCAUUUUCCCCUGUAGAAAAUUUGGACUUUGUUGUGGUAGUUCUUCAUUUUGUCGUUGAAUCAUUUAGAUUGUAAAAACUACAAAAAGUAAAAGUUAAAAAAAUGUAUGUGAAAUAAAUGAAUAUGUAUUUGUA